AUGUCAGGCCGUGGUAAACAGGGUGGCAAGGCUCGCGCUAAAGCCAAGACUCGCUCCUCGCGGGCGGGGCUCCAGUUUCCCGUGGGCCGCGUGCACCGCCUGCUCCGGAAGGGCAACUACUCCGAGCGAGUCGGGGCCGGCGCGCCUGUGUACCUGGCGGCGGUGCUGGAGUACCUAACGGCCGAGAUUCUGGAGCUGGCGGGAAACGCGGCCCGGGAUAACAAGAAGACGCGCAUCAUCCCGCGCCACUUGCAGCUGGCUAUCCGCAACGACGAAGAGCUCAACAAGCUGCUGGGCCGUGUGACCAUCGCUCAGGGUGGUGUGCUGCCCAACAUCCAGGCUGUGCUGCUGCCUAAGAAGACUGAGAGCCACCACAAGGCCAAGGGCAAGUAA